ACACGUAAUAUUAUAGAAACACAAUAAUCUGAACAAUAAGAUAAACGAUUUUGCAGUUGAAAUAUUAAAAAUAAAUAUUUGGAUAACACUUUACACUGGUAGACUCUAAAUUCUAUAUGAUGGAUACUCUGGUUGUUGUAUCCGUGGCUCUUGCUGCGGGCUUCUUCUAUUUGCAGUUGGAGAGACGGAUGCAUGAGAUUCAACUGGAGUACAGACAAGAGGUGAACACUAUGAAACUUAAGCACGGCAGUGAAAUCCACGACAUGCAGUUGAAGUUGCUUGAUUUCUACAAAAUAGAAGCAAAUCGAAAACUGUCGGAUCUUCAAAGGACUCUUGAAGGAAAGAUAAAAUUGUUGGAUGAAACUUUGUCAAAUUGUAGUAAGGAUAUUUUGACCCGCUUAGAGAUUGUAGAGAGAAAUAUAGGAACACCAACUGCAUUCUACUCCAGAUUGAGUCAAGAUUAUCAGAAUUCACAACCAGGAACAAUUUUGAAAUUUGAUGACGCCAUAUUAAACAUAGGAAAUAGAUACAACUCUCUCAAUGGCAAAUUUCUUGCAGCAGAACACGGAAUGUAUUUUUUCACAUGGAGUUGUCUUACAAAAACUGGAGGUAAUAUUUAUAUUGGGGCAUAUGUAAAUGGCCAACAGGUCGUGGAUACAUGCACAUAUUCCGAUGGAAACCGUGUGUCGGAGUAUAACAUACAAUACUCUAACAACAACGCUAUUUCGAGUUCAGGUACAUUUGUGAUGGAAUUGAAGAAAAAUGAUGAAGUGUGGUUACAAGUGUAUCAUCGGGAAGCGGAGUUCUUGCAUUCCAAAUAUACUUACUUCACGGGACACAAAGUUUUAUCACUGCCUUGAAUAUACCUGUAUGGAUGUGAUAUCGGCUGACCCAUAUCUUACACACACUAACAUACCAUCGGUUAUCUAGAAAAUUAUGUCGUAUGAGAACUUAUCAGUGAAUAUUAAAAAGAUUGGAGUCGCUCAAAACAUCAUUUGAAUGUCUAUACGAUAAAGUAUAUUUUUUGGGAAAAAUCUCUUCCUUACUUGUCCAGUUUUAUUUGAUUUAUUCAUUUGUUUGCUAUUUAUGUAAAACUCAAACAAAAAAUUCGAUUCAUGGAUAAAUUGAUACAUAAUU